GUUCUUCUCCUCAGAUUCGUUCCCGAAGCUGCGAGAGUGCAGCCAGAUGCCACGAUGGCCUCUUACACUGCGUAUAGUGGCUAUAGUAAGCCACCUCAAUCUUACAUAGGCACUUACUACGAUGAGAAACAAGCCAAGGCCUAUUCAGAUUAUCAAGACUCUGUAUACGAGGAAAAAAAGAGAGUUGAGAAGAAGGACCGCCAGGAUGCCAUUUGUUGUGAGGUAGUGGCCCUCAUUAUCGGUUUCAUUGGACUAAUCGGUGUGGCAGCCGUGACAGGCCUGCCGAUGUGGAAGGUGACGGCCUUCAUCGAGGAGAACAUCAUUGUCAUGGAGACCCGCUGGGAGGGAUUAUGGAUGAACUGCUACAGACAAGCCAACAUCAGGAUGCAGUGCAAGGUGUAUGAUUCCCUUCUGUUUCUGCCCCCGGACCUCCAGGCUGCUCGAGGUCUGAUGUGCAGCUCCGUGGCCGUGAGCACGAUCGCUCUCAUCGUUUCAGCAGUGGGGAUGAAGUGCACCAAAGUAGUGGACCAUCGGGCUCGCACCAAGCAUGUGGUUCUUGUGGCUGGAGGCUGUCUGUUCCUCUUGGGCUGUGUCACUACCCUAAUCCCAGUGUCCUGGACCGGCCAUGUCAUCAUCAGGGAUUUCUACAACCCUCUGCUGAUUGAUGCCCAGCGCAGGGAGCUUGGGGAGGCUCUUUAUAUUGGCUGGGUGACCUCAGCUUUGCUUUUCACUGCUGGUGUGAUCCUGCUGUGCCGUCACGCUCCCCGCACCCAGGAGCCAGAUGAGAGGAUUGUGUACAACCCUGGCGCAAAUGUCUACCAACCUCCAUACGCGUACCAGCCAUACACGUACCAGCCAGCGUACACCUACCAGCCUACCUACUCUGCACCACCGCCAGGAUCUGUAGCAUAUACACCAAGUCAGUACUAGUGAGGGAAGUUAAACACAAAGACAAUUUACCUUUUUUUUUUUUUUUUUAAACUUAGCCAAGAUUUUGUGCAUUUGAAAAUCUACUGACAAAAAUGACUAGAGGCUGUUACUGGAAAUGGCCAGAUCUUUCACUACUUUCUCAAAGAGGCCCAAUGUAUUGCAGAGAUUGAAAUUAUUUGUGGAACUAAGUGUGUUUUAAACACAAUGAACUCUUUGCUUUGUUGGUUUCCAUAUGCUUAUUUUCACUAAAACUCAUCAGGCACAAUAUUUUUUUUAAUCUGCAAUAAUGUAAGAUAUCUGUCAUAUCAUAAUCUUCACAGUCUCUGCUGACAUGCUCUUCGAGAACAAAUUAUGCACUAGGCCUUUUUCAAAUUAUAUACCUCCAAAUGAUUUAAGUUCACUGUUUAUUGUUUUUGUUGUGGAUGUACAUACUUUUUUCAAAAUUGUGGCUUACAAUAAAGUAACAUUCAGAAAAAACUGA